UGUCACUUUGCAGCCCUGAAAACAGCUAUAAAAAAAAACGUGCGCACGUUUCACUAUUUGUCGUUUGCUUUUGCUUGGUUUUAUUGGAUAAGUGACUUAAAACAUGGCCAGUAAAGCCAAAAAGGAGGUGGUUUGCGACCACUGCCAUGAUGGGUACGAGGCCAAGAUGAUUUUCACCGCCCAGAAGUCGUUUGUGGGCACCAAAAUGGUAGACAUACUGGAGGCCAUCACCCACAAGAGCAUCCCACCAAAUACGCCCAUUAAGAUAUGCUUCAUCUGCGCCUCGGGCUUCAUGUCCACUACCGCCUUGAUAGAGAAGGUCCGUGAAACGGUGGACAGGAUUCUGGCGGCGCCCGCCAAGAAGGGCAAGGUGUCCAAAAAGGAGCAACAGGAGGCAGUGGAUCAGGAAUCCUCCGAAGAACCAGCCACUGAGAUCGUGGACCUCACUGCGGAGGCGGAGAAGAAGAAGACGCCGGCCAAGAAGAACACCACCAUCCGCCAGCGCAGCAAAUCCGUGGCCUUCCUGCCCGACAGCCCCGCGAUUUCGGCGCUCACAGAACCCAAUACCAUCGACAAGGCUCUCACAGGACUCAAUGCCAUGGCGGCUUCACCGAAGAAGAUCCAAAAGACGCCCAAAAAGCAGGCUAUCACAGCUUCGCCGAAGAAACUGGAGGGUAAAAACCAACUAUCCCUCACGCUGGAGGAUAAUCUCAACGAUUCCGUGAAGCUGACGCCCGCCACGAAUGUCUCGGCCACGAAGAAGGUGUUCAUAAAUCUCUUUGGCAACGGCGAUGAUGAUGCCAUGGCCAGGGAAAUUCAGACCGAGAGCGAGGAGGAAAAGGAGGAGGAGGGAGCCGUGGAAUGUACACCCAUUACCAUAAACUUGAACAGUUUCCAGUGCCCCGAGUGCGAGUUCCACUCCAAGUACGGCAAUCAGAUGAAGGAGCACCUGCAGAAGGAGCAUGGCCAUCAGCGGCCUCGCAUAUACAAGUGCACCCACUGCACCAAGGCUUUCGGCGUGCUGAAGACCUUCCGGGAUCAUUUGCGGGACGUCCACAAGCGCAUCCUACAAAGCGAGGUUGCGGUGAAGGAGAAAGUCAAGGGAAAGGAGUCGGAGGCCAAGCAGAAGGUGGAACCAAAGGUAAAAGAGCAGAAGCCAAAGGUGUCCGGGACUCAAAAGCCAAAGGAAGUGAAGUCGAAGGUCAAGAGGCAGAAAAGGCAGCGGAGAACAAAGUCUAAGGAGAGUCCAGAAGCAGAAGAACCUUUUGUUAGCCAGGAGAAAGCAGAAAAGACCCCGCAGCCCAAAAACGCCUCCUUAAAAUCCAAAGAAAGGCCAAACAAGUCCAUAGAGCAACCGGUUUUCAGCCAGGAGAGUGCCGAUGAGACCGCGGGGCCCAAAGUAGCCUCCUUCAAGGCCCUCAACGAAUCCCUAAUGAGGAAGAGGAUGCUGGGGAACGUGCACGACUCUGAAUACACAUUUGCCAUCAACGGAUCAAGUGCCUCCACUCCCAGGGCGGAACUGGCCAAUUUCCAGUGUGAGAUUUGCGAUUGUGAGUUAACAACCGCCAAGCAGAUGCAGGAGCACAUGAAGACCGCCCACGGCAUUGACAAACCGAAGGUGUUCAAGUGUAACGUCUGCGAAAAGAGCCUCACUACCAAGCAGUCGCUGAAAACCCACUUGGCCACUCUUCACAACGAGGGCGAUGAGCUGGGCAAGUCCAGCAAGCGCAAGAUUCUGCAGGAAGAGGAUGAGGACGUGGAUAUUGAGGGUAGUUUUCAAGAGCAGAACGACACUAUCGACGAUGACGAAGACGAGGGGCCGGCGGAGGAAAAGAUUGAAAGGGAAACAUCGCGGAAAGAUGCCUCCUUAAAGGAUGGACUUAUGUCUGCACCUCAGUCGCCCGUGAAGAAGCCAAAGAAAGCAAAAAACAGCUUUGUAGACCUUUCAAACGUCACCAUGAAUGGUGGAACCCCUUCGAAGGCAGACAAACGCAAGAAGCAAGAGAAGUUCGAGGACACAGCCUCUUCUUCCGAUAUAAUACUGCUGGAUGAGAUAAACCACAAUGUGAAGCCGCACAAGAAGGCUCGCCUAGAGUCCAUUGGCGGCGACUCGACGGCCGACGAGUCCAUACUCAGCUGCAAGGAGUGCGGCAAGUUUGUCAACUCGCGUCAACGUCUGGAGCUGCACAUCCAGAAGAAGCACUCCUCCGAACUGAAGUGUCCCACGUGCCAGGACGUCUUCACCAAGCAGCUGGACUACGUGAGCCACUUCUCCGAUUGUGUGGUCCUGAGUGGAUUGCCCUGCGGCGUGGCCAAAUGCAAGAAGUCCUUCACGGAGGCCAACUUCCUGAGCUCCCACCUGCGGAAGCGCCACCACUUGGUCUAGGCUCCAUUUUAUUCGUUUUUUCACAUCCAUCUUGACCACUUUAGUUUUACGUUAGGUUAUUGAUUAGCUCAUGUAUCAUGGAGUACAUUUGUUUGUAUUUUCUUAAGGCUUUUACACACUUUUAACUGAGCUGAAAACUGAAAUGCAAUGUAUAACCCAGUUUAUACCUUUACCAAUUUUUGACUAUUGAAUAACUUUGGGACACUAUCACAAAUUUAAAUCUAUAAGACUAAAAAACCUCAGUCGGAAUUACACGUAAGUACGCGUACUUCACAAGAGUAUGUAAAUUAAUUAAGUUGUGAAACAUUAUUUUGUAUGGAACAAUAAACUGUUAAUAAAAAUGUCAAGUGACUACGAUAUAUACAAAAA